AUGGACACAAACGAAAAAAUUGAUCAGUGGGUUCGUGAUGCUUUCAAACACGAAAAUUUUAAAGAAAUCAAAGUAACGAUAACAGGUUUCUCAGAAAAAGGUGACGGAUAUGUUGGCGACAUAGCUUUUGCCAAAGCUAAUGUGAUUACAAGUGAUGGCGAAACCAAGAAUUUGGAAUUGGUUAUAAAAUAUGGUAAAUUAAAUGAUAGUCUUCGUGAAGCGUUGCCAGUUAGACUGGCAUUUGAAAGAGAAAUUUACGUUUAUGGUAAAGUAGUACCGCAACUGCAAAAAUUUCUGGAUGAAAAGAAAGUGAAAUUAUUGUGCCAAUUUCUUCCCAAAUGUUACGGCACCUUAUUAUACGACAAAGAAGAAGUAAUUGUUUUAGAAAAUUUAAAAGCUCAGUAUUAUGAUUUGCAUGACAGAUACCAACCUUUGAAUAUUAACCAUUUAAAGUUAACGCUUGAAAUGUACGGAAAAUGGCACGCUCUGAGUUUUGCUUAUCAAGAUCAGAAUCCUGAAAAGGCUAGAAUACUAUUUGAAAAUUUACAAGACAUAAUGCGGACCUUUUUGGAGUCAAUUGAUAACUGUUUGGUUGAUGUACAAGAAAUUUUAUAUACAAUUUUGCAGCAAAAAAAUGAAGUAGAGCUAAUUGAAGGCAUGAAAAAACGGAAUCCUAAUUUUAAAACAACAUUUUACGACUUAUCGGAAAUGGAAAAUGAAAAAAGCGUUUUUUUACAUGGAGAUUGUUGGAAUAGCAAUUUUAUGUUUAAAUAUGGUUCCGACAAAUCUUAACCACAAGCUGUCAAGUUUCUAGACUUUCAAGUAUCCAAUUUUAAACCUCCAGUAUUCGACUUGGCCUACCAUCUCUAUUCAGUGGCAUCAGAAAAAGAAUUACAGCAUUUUGAUGAAUUAUUGAAAAUCUACCACGAUUCCUUAUCGAAAAGUUUAAAAGAUUUGGGAAGUGACGCAGAUUUAAUAUAUUCAUAUGAAGAUCUGAAACAGCAAUGGAAGAAAUUCUCGAUAUAUGGAGUUAUGAUGGCAUCGAUGGGUUUGCCAAUAAUAAUGGCAUCGAAAGAAGAUACAUUGAAUCUUGAAGAUAUAAAGGAGACCUCUCAGAUGAUGAAAACCGCUAAGAAAACUUUGUUGACAAAUGGUGAUAAG